CGGAGAUCACACGACAAGGAUACAGCGUGCGGGGCCCGCUUUGAAGGGAUCUAAUAGGCUACAAAAACCGUUUGAUGAGAACAACCGGGACAUGCGGACUGCGUGACAUUAUUUUUUACCUUAUCUCCAUUUGAAGAUAUAAACGGGACAUCAAGUUUAUAUUUUUUGGAAGUCUCGCAUAAAAUUUUAAUGGAUAGUGAAAUAUUAUAUUCUCAGAGCAUUGUGCCAAAAUGCAUAAGGGAUUAAGACACUUAAAUGUGUCACUACUAGACGUCUUCACUUCAAGUGGAUUAUAGCCUAAUCAGCAAAAUUAUUAUAUUUCUCACAUCUGGAAGUUCUUAUAAGCAUAGAUAGUUCUUCUCUCAGGUGCCGUAACUCCGACCCAUCUCCUGCUCCUGUGUUGCUUCUGUGGCCAAAAGAGGAGUAGGAAACCCAACUGACCUCAAUAAACGUCCGUCUUAAAUGUAAACCUAAAUGAAUACCCAAGAAGUCACAUUUUUAACCUCGCCAAAUUGCCUAUGAUAGCCAAAUAAUUCGGACUACCGGCUGUAGCGUCGUGGAGGUAGCGGCUCCACCCGAGGGAUGGUACUGGAUUCCCGGGGUUUGGGAGCGACGCCUCGGCUCCUGGUUCUGGAACGGUGUUGGUGGAACUAUUGGAACUUUCUCUCGUUCUGGAGCCCAACGGACGUGAAAGGAGAUGAGAGCCGCUUUUCUGAGCUUCCUCCUCGCCUGCUUAUUGUGCCUGUUACGCACCACCGCUGAGGUAUAUAAAGGACUUUUAUGCGAGUUCUGGUUUGUAUGGGCCAAUUUAGUUCAAAUUAUGCCGUUUUUAGUGCAACGCUUACUUCGUUGGCAGGUGCAACGUUUGUCCACUCAUGCUCCAUUUAUGCGUAUUUACGAGAAAAACUCCAGAGUAGCUUUGCUGUAACUCCUUCCAUAAAUUAUAUGACAAUUGGGGGAAUGUAUGGCUUCUCAGCAACAAGUGCAAACUAAGUGUGCAUGAAUGCAUUAUACCACCCCCUAACAUGUGCGCAGAUUUGUCCUUAAAACACUUCUUCAGCGCUAUAUAGUCACACUCACACCACCUCUAUAGCCGCACUAUCCAUUACGGUACAAUGACGUCUGUGUAGUUAAUAAAGUGCUGUUAUUUUCCUUUGAAUGUUUUCCUUUUCUUCCAGGAGGCCCAGCUCCCCCGGGAGCUGUUGGAGCGGCUGUCCCGCAGUGAGAUCCGCAGCAUCAGCGACCUCCAGCGGCUCCUGGAGCUAGACUCCGUAGGUAGGCCUAAAGCCUCUUAUAUCAGUCUUCAUUCAAUACUUUUAUUACACAGCCUAGGGCUAGGCUUCAGUAAAGACACUGAAUUGAGCUCAACACAACAUGCCAGAAGCAGCCUACACUCUUAGAUAAAAAGGUUCUGGAUAGAACCAAAAAGGGUUAUAUUGCUUGCUUCAUAUAUGGCACCCCUAAAAGUUCUAUAUAGAACCCUCUUAUGGGGUUGUUUAAUCAGAACCCCAGGGGUUCUUAUUCACUGAACUCAUUGUUCUAUAUGAACCUUGGGUCAGAUGGGUUCUAUAUUGAACCUAAGGGUGCAUAUGAAGCAAGCAUGAACCUUUUAGUUUAUCAAAACUUUUUUUCUAAGAGUGUACCCUUUGAAGGAAGGAAGAGAGAGGUGUAAAGAGGUGCUAUGACUGUCUUGUUUGUUAUAGUCUGUUAGUCUGUGGGCAACUUGGACAAGUCAGUUGCUACAUCGGGGCAAGUUUUGAGAUAACACAGAUGCUUCACAAAGUUGUGCUCCAUGUAUGAGUUUUUGUCCGAUGUACUAUGGUAUACUGAAGUAUAAUUACAAGCAUUCCAUAUUUAUUGACAUACAUUAAGUUUAUGCAAAGAGUCAAUAUUUGCAGUGUUGACCCUUCUUUUUCAAGACCUCUGCAAUCCGCCAUGGCAUGCUGUCAAUUAACUUCUGGGCCACAUCCUGACUGAUGGCAGCCCAUUCUUGCAUAAUCAAUGGUUGGAGUUUGUCAGAAUUUGUCGGUUUUUGUUUGUCCACCCGCCUCUUGAGGAUCGACCACAAGUUCUCAAUGGGAUUAAGGUCUGGGGAGUUUCCUGGCCAUGGACCCAACAUUUCAAUGUUUUGUUCCCCGAGCCACUUAGUUAUCACUUUUGCCUUAUGGCAAGGUGCUCCAUCAUGCUGGAAAAGGCAUUGGUCGUUACCAAACUGUUCUUGGAUGGUUGGGAGAAGUUGCUCUCGGAGGAUGUGUUGGUACCAUUCUUUAUUCAUGUCUGUGUUCUUAGGCAAAAUUGUGAGUGAGCCCACUCCCUUGGCUGAGUAGCAACCCCACACAUGAAUGGUCUCAGGAUGCUUUACUGUUGGCAUGACACAGGACUGAUGGUAGCGCUCACCUUGUCUUCUCCGGACAAGGUGUUUUCCGGAUGCCCCAAACAAUCGGAACGGGGAUUCAUCAGAGAAAAUGACUUUACCCCAGUCCUCCAGCAGUCCAAUCCCUGUACCUUUGCAGAAUAUCAGUCUGUCCUGAUGUUUUUCCUGGAGAGAAGUGGCUUCUUUGCUGCCCUUCUUGACACCAGGCCAUCCUCCAAAAGUCUUUCGCUUCACUGUGUGUGCGAUGCCACUCACACCUGCCUGCUGCCAUUCCGGAGCAAGCUCUGCACUGCUGGUGCCCCGAUCCGCAGCUGAAUCAACUUUAGGAGACGGUCCCUGGCGCUUGCUGGACUUUCUUGGGCGCCCUGACGCCUUCACAACAAUUGAACCCUCUCUCCUUGAAGUUCUUGAUGAUCCGAUAAAUGGUUGAUUUAGGUGCAAUCUACUAGCAGCAAUAUCCCUUGCCUGUGAAGCCCUUUUGUGCAAAGCAUGAUGACGGCACGUGUUUCCUUGCAGGUAACUGGUUAACAGAGGAAGAACAAUGAUUUCAAGCACCACCCUCCUUUAAAAGCUUCCAGUCUGUUAUUUUAACUCAAUCAGCAUGACAGAGUGAUCUCCAGCCUUGUCCUCGUCAACACUCUCACCUGUGUUAACGAGAGAAUCACUGACAUGAUGGCAGGUGGUCCUUUUUUGGCAGGGCUGAAAUGCAGUGGAAAUGUUUUUUUGGGAUUAAGUUCAUUUUCAUGGCAAAGAGGGACUUUGCAAUUAAUUGCAAUUCAUCUGAUCACUCUUCAUGACAUUCUGGAGUAUAUGCAAAUUGCCAUCAUCAAAACUGAGGCAGCAGACUUUGUGAAAAUUAGUAUUUGUGUCAUUCUCAAAACUUUUGACCACAACUGUACAUAAGAGAUGUUGAAUUUGAGGAGUUAUUUCCUGCAGCUUAGAGAGAAAGAGUCAAUGAAUCUCCAUGGGAUGAUGCCCCGGCCAAAGGCACGCCCCUCUCGCGGGUGGGUACUAAAAAAAGGCCUCACCAGCUUCUGCUGUAGAUAGCGGGAGUUGUUCCUGUCCCACUGCUCGAGGUGCUGCGAGGACAGCCACCAUGAACUUGGUGACUGCUGCUUGUGUCAAACUUGGAUCUGUUUUACACUUUUUAUUCCACAUGAAAUUAACUUUAGGACACUGAACACAUAAUUGGAGACUGGUGGAGUAAGGGAGAAGGUGUGUAAAAGGGCUUGAAGCAUACCCUAAUGAAACGUUUAAAGCCAUUCAUUGUUAGGCUACUUAGUAACCUCUCUCCAUUCUACAUUCUUCAGUUCUUAUCGUUUUUUCAUCUUUUUUCAUUUGGUCUUGACUACACCCCACCAUUAAUUCUGCCAUUAUUGAGAUGCAAAUAGGCCUGUCUGCUACUCAGCUGUCUCCUCAGCGCUUGGGGGUCAAGUGGCUGUCGGCUUUAUGCUGCUGUCAUGCUGUCCAUUAUUUGUGGAGCAGCAGUGGAAGGCUGAAUGGCACACACACACACACACACACACACACACACACACACACACACACACACACACACACACACACUGAGGGCUGAAUGGCUGCUGUGCUGGUAUGUAUAAUUCAUGGUGAAAUUCCUGCGUGUCAGGAGGAAGGAGAGGGAGGAUCUAGGAGGCUUUCUAUUGGUCAAGACAUACAGCAAGCACUUAAGUUCCUGCACGUAAGUGCUGUCACACACACACACUUGCAAGGAACACACACACAGACACACAUAAUCAUACACACACCCUCUACAGUCUACACUCUCUGUGGGGUCAGUAUUUGGGUAGCAAAAAUAUAUACUUUGAGAGAGAGACCCCAAACAGGUCAAUAUAGAGCUGAAAGGACAAACAAGGUCAUUUUGAAGUGGAAGGUUGAAGGUUCCUUACACACCUGAUUAACAACCAAAGCUGUUAUGUUGGUAAGCAGAAGGCUUAUGGUUGUCAUGGUGAUGAUAAGGGAUUGUUCCUUUACAGAGGGGACACAGUUCUUUUGAGCUUUUCUGAGUUCAAGCUUCUCUCUCUUCCCCUUUAGUGUUGGUCUGCUUCUGAAUGGCCCAGCUAGUGUAGGGUUAACAUGACAUUGAUGUUGUUGUGGUCAACAGAGAAUGAGGUGUUGGGGGAGAACGAACAGAGGUACCACAACAAGGCCUUCUCCUACAGCUACUCACAGACACACUCCAGACACAAGAGGAGUAUCGGUAAGUGUGUGUGUGUGUCUUUGUAGUUGUGUUCAUGCAUAUCUGUGUGUGUGUGUCUCUCUGUGUGUGUCUCUCUCUGUGUGUGUGUGUGUGUGUCUCUCUCUCUGUGUGUGUGUCUCUCUCUCUGUGUGUGUCUCUCUCUCUGUGUGUGUCUCUCUCUCUCUGUGUGUCUCUCUGUGUGUGUCUCUCUGUGUGUGUGUCUCUCUGUGUGUGUCUCUCUGUGUGUGUGUGUGUCUCUCUCUCUGUGUGUGUCUCUCUCUUUGUGUGUGUCUCUCUCUGUGUGAGUCUGUGUGUGUGUGUAUACUUCCAACACUACUUUCUCUCUAUGCUGUUAUGUUUCACCUUUAACCUCUCCCCCUCCCCUUUGACCCCAGAGGAGGCGUUACCCGCGGUGUGUAAGACUCGUACGGUGAUCUACGAGAUCCCUCGGAGCCACGUGGAUCACACCUCCGCUAACUUCAUCAUCUGGCCUCCCUGUGUAGAGGUGAAGAGAUGUACCGGAUGCUGCAACACCAGCAACAUGCACUGCCUGCCCUCCCGCAAGCACCAUCGCACUGUCAAGGUAGGAGAGAUCCACACCUUCUCUGAGAGAUUCUCUCUCUCUCCUCUCACACACACGCAGGCACGCACAUACACACACACACACACGUACACACACACGCACGAACACACACACACACACACAUACACACACAUACAUAAACACACACACGUCCACACACAUACACACACACACACACACACACACACACACACACACACACACACACACACACACACACACACACACACACACACACACACACACACACACACACACACACACACACACACACACACACACACUUGCAGCAGCUCAACCAUUCAAUCCCUGGCUCCUAGUCCAGCUCCCCUUGGCUGGGUUUGCCUGGCUAGGUCUGUGCUAGUGUGUGUGUGUGUGUGUGUGUGUGUGUGUGUGUGUGUAUGUAUUCAUGCCUGCAUACGUGUAUAUGUGUAUAUGUACAGUACCAGUCAAAAGUUUGGACACACCUACUCAUUCAAGGGUUUUCUUUAUUUUUACUAUUUUCUACAUUGUAGAAUAAUAGUGAAGACAUCAAAACUAUGAAAUAACACAUAUGGAAUCAUGUAGUAACCAAAAAAGUGUGAAACAAAUCAAAAUAUAUUUUACAUUUUGGAUUCUUCAAUGUAGCCACCCUUUGCCUUGAUGAAAGCUUUGCACACUCUUGGCAUUCUCUCAACCAGCUUCAUGAGGAAUGCUUUUCCAACAGUCUUGAAGGAGUUCCCACAUAUGCUGAGCACUUGUUGGCUGCUUUUCCUUCACUCUGCGGUCCAACUCAUCCCAUACCAUCUCAAUUGGGUUGAGGUCGGGGGAUUGUGGAGGCCAGGUCAUCUGAUGCAGCACUCCAUCACUCUCCUUCUUGGUCAAAUAGCCCUUACACAGCAUUGAGGUGUGUUUUGGGUCAUUGUCCUGUUGAAAAACAAAUGAUAGUUCCACUAAGCGCAAACCAGAUGGGAUGGCGUAUCGCUGCAGAAUGCUGUGUUAGCCAUGCUGGUUAAGUGUGCCUUGAAUUCUAAAUAAAUCACAGACAGUGUCACCAGCAAAGCACCCCCACACCAUCACACCUCUUCCUCCAUGCUUCACAGUGGGAACCACACAUGCAGAGAUCAUCCGUUCACCUACUCUGCAUCUCACAAAGACACAGCAGUUGGAACCACAAAACUCAAAUUUGGACUCAUCAGACCAAAGGACAGAUUUCCACCGGUCUAAUGUCCAUUGCUCGUGUUUCUUGGUCCAAGCAAGUCUCUUCUUCUUAUUGGUGUCCUUUAGUAGUGGUUUCUUUGUAGCAAUUCGACCAUGAAGGCCUGAUUCACGCAGUCUCCUCUGAAUAGUUGAUGUUGAGAUGUGUCUGUUACUUGAACUCUGUGAAGCAUUUAUUUGGGCUGCAAUCUGAGGCUGGUAACUUUAAUGAACUUGUCCUCUGCAGCAGAGGUAACUCUGGGUCUUCCUUUCCUAUGGUGUUCCUCAUGAGAGCCAGUUUCAUCAUAGCGCUUGAUGGUUUUUGCUACUGCACUUGAAGAAACUUUCAAAGUUCUUGAAAUGUUCUGUAUUGACUGACCUUCAUGUCUUAAAGUAAUGAUGGACUGUCAUUUCUCUUUGCUUAUUUGAGCUUUUCUUGCCAUAAUAUGGACUUGGUAUUUUACCAAAUAGGGCUAUCUUCUGUAUACCACCCCUAUCUUGUCACAACACAACUGAUUUGCUCAAACAGCAUUAAGAAGGAAAGAAAUUCCACAAAUUAACUUUUAAGAAGGCACACCUGUUAAUUGAAAUGCAUUCCAGGUGACUACAUCAUGAAGCUGGUUGAGAGAAUGCUAAGAGUGUGCAAAGCUGUCAUCAAGGCAAAGGGUGGCUACUUUGAAGAAUCUCAAAUAUACAAUACACUUUUUUGGUUACUACAUGAUUCCAUAUGUGUUAUUUCAUAGUUUUGAUGUCUUCACUAUUAUUCUACAAUGUAGAAAAUAGUAAAAAAUAAAGAAAAACCCUUGAAUGAGUAUGUGUGUGUGUGUGUAUACAGUGGGGAGAACAAGUAUUUGAUACACUGCCGAUUUUGCAGGUUUUCCUACUUACAAAGCAUGUAGAGGUCUGUAAUUUUUAUCAUAGGUACACUUCAACUGUGAGAGACGGAAUCUAAAACAAAAAUCCAGAAAAUCACAUUGUAUCAUUUUUAAGUAAUUCAUUUGCAUUUUAUUGCAUGACAUAAGUAUUUGAUACAUCAGAAAAGCAGAACUUAAUAUUUGGUACAGAAACCUUUGUUUGCAAUUACAGAGAUCAUACGUUUCCUGUAGGUCUUGACCAGGUUUGCACACACUGCAGCAGGGAUUUUGGCCCACUCCUCCAUACAGACCUUCUCCAGAUCCUUCACGUUUUGGGGCUGUCGCUGGGCAAUAUGGACUUUCAGCUCCCUCCAAAGAUUUUCUAUUGGGUUCAGGUCUGGAGACUGGCUAGGCCACUCCAGGACCUUGAGAUGCUUCUUACGGAGCCACUCCUUAGUUGCCCUGGUUGUGUGUUUCGGGUCGUUGUCAUGCUGGAAGACCCAGCCACGACCCAUCUUCAAUGCUCUUACUGAGGGGAAGUUGUUGGCCAAGAUCUCGCGAUACAUGGCCCCAUCCAUCCUCCCCUCAAUACGGUGCAGUCGUCCUGUCCCUUUUGCAGAAAAGCAUCCCCAAAGAAUGAUGUUUCCACCUCCAUGCUUCACGGUUGGGAUGGUGUUCUUGGAGUUGUACUCAUCCUUCUUCUUCCUCCAAACACGGCGAGUGGAAUUUAGACCAAAAAGCUCUAUUUUUGUCUCAUCAGACCACAUGACCUUCUCCCAUUCCUCCUCUGGAUCAUCCAGAUGUUCAUUGGCAAACUUCAGACGGGCCUGGACAUGCGCUGGCUUGAGCAGGGGGACCUUGCGUGCGCUGCAGGAUUUUAAUCCAUGACGGCGUAGUGUGUUACUAAUGGUUUUCUUUGAGACUGUGGUCCCAGCUCUCUUCAGGUCAUUGACCAGGUCCUGCCGUGUAGUUCUGGGCUGAUCCCUCACCUUCCUCAUGAUCAUUGAUGCCCCACGAGAUGAGAUCUUGCGUGGAGCCCCAGAACGAGGAUGAUUGACCGUCAUCUUGAACUUCUUCCAUUUUCUAAUAAUUGCGCCAACAGUUGUUGCCUUCUCACCAAGCUGCUUGCCUUUUGUCCUGUAGCCCAUCCCAGCCUUGUGCAGGUCUACAAUUUUAUCCCUGAUGUCCUUACACAGCUCUCUGGUCUUGACCAUUGUGGAGAGGUUGGAGUCUGUUUGAUUGAGUGUGUGGACAGGUGUCUUUUAUACAGGUAACGAGUUCAAACAGGUGCAGUUAAUACAGGUAAUGAGUGGAGAACAGGAGUGCUUCUUAAAGAAAAACUAACAGGUCUGUGAGAGCCGGAAUUCUUACUGGUUGGUAGGUGAUCAAAUACUUAUGUCAUGCAAUAAAAUGCAAAUUAAUUACUUAAAAAUCAUACAAUGUGAUUUUCUGGAUUUUUGUUUAGAUUUUAGAUUCCGUCUCUCACAGUUGAAGUGUACCUAUGAUAAAAAUUACAGACCUCUACAUGCUUUGUAAGUAGGAAAACCUGCAAAAUCGGCAGUGUAACAAAUACUUGUUCUCCCCACUGUAUGUGUGUAUAUGUGUGUGUAUGUGCCAGGCCAGGAGACUCCCUCGCGACCGCAAGAACAUAAUCAUUUGUCUUUGAUCUCUGCCAGGGCUGGCACAUAACAGCUAGUAAACCCUGCCGUCUGACACCCACACACAUUGCCAACUGGAAGCUCUGCUCAGUAAGUGAGUGUUCAUGCGCUCAGGAUUUCCAGCCAGUUUACCAUCGUCUGAGCCGAGGAGGAUAGUGGGUGUGUUCAUGAUCUCAGUGCUUCAGUGUAUUCACUGCGGGGGUUAUUUUGUUUGCAGGACAGACAGAUCACCCUCGGUCCUGGCCAGAUCCCUGCCCUUUUCCCCACUCCCUGUUUUCCUCUGAGUGAAUGGCUCCUCAGUCCUCUGUCUAUUGGGCUCCCGAGUGGCGCAGCGGUCUAAGGCACUGCAUCUCAGUGCUUGAGGCGUCACUACAGACCCCCUGGUUUGAUUCCAGGCCGUGAUUGGGAGUCCCAUAGGGCGGCGCAGAAUUGGCCCAGCGUCGUCCGGGUUUGGCCGGUGUAGGCCGUCAUUGUAAAUAAGAAUUUGUUCUUAACUGACUUGCCUAGUUAAAUAAACAAUUUAUAAAAAAUUAAAGGACUAAAGAUGCUGUCUGUCUGGCUUAGCUGUUCCUCAGACGGUUCACACAGAGGAAGAAGUUGUUAUUUCUGGGUGCCGAGGUAGUCCCUCCCUGUUUAGGUAAAUGUUCUUCUGUUUAGUGCCUAUUGAAUACAGUCUGAACUGAUCUGAACUGGACUGGACUGAACUGAACUGGACUGGACUGAACUGAUCUGAACUGAACUGAUCUGAACUGAUCUGAACUGGGUGGGGCGGCGCUAUCUGUUGUAGACCUCAGAUAGAGGGUCAAAGGUCAUAGAGAUAUCCCUGCAAAUAAGAUACAUAACUAUUGGAGGAAAUCUAACUGUGCAUAAAUGCAGUGAGAAAGAGAGAAGCAGUGUUUUGAAGGGGGGAGGGAUGGUCGGAUAGAGAGAGCGGAGGGAUGAGAGGAAUGGACAGAUGAAGCAUGACAGUAGCAGGAAGUAAGCAGGGUGGUGAGGAGAGAUGAGGAGGGAUGAGAGGAAUGGACAGAUGAAGCAUGACAGUAGCAGGAAGUAAGCAGGGUGGUGAGGAGAGAUGAGGAGGGAUGAGAGGAAUGGACAGAUGAAGCAUGACAGUAGCAGGAAGUAAGCAGGGUGGUGAGGAGAGAUGAGGAGGGAUAGAGAGGAAUGGACAUAUGAAGCAUGAGAGUAGCAGGAAGUAAGCAGGGUGGUGAGGAGAGAUGAGGAGGGAUAGAGAGGAAUGGACAGAUGAAGCAUGAGAGUAGCAGGAAGUAAGCGGGGUGGUGAGGAGAGAUGAGGAGGGAUAGAGAGGAAUGGACAGAUGAAGCAUGACAGUAGCAGGAAGUAAGCAGGGUGGUGAGGAGAGCUGAGGAGGGAUGAAGAGAAUGGCAGAUGAAGCAUGUCAGUAGCAGGAAGUAAGCAGGGUGGUGAGAGAGAUGAGGAGGGAUAGAGAGGAAUGGACGAUGAAGCAUGUCAGUAGUCAGGAAGUACGCAGGGUAGGGAGGAGAAGAGAGGAGGGAUAGAGAGGACUGACAGAUGAGCAUGACUGUAGCGAAGUACGCAGGGGGGUGAGGAUAGAUGAGGAGGGAUGAGAGGAUGGACAGAUGAAGCAUGACAGUAGUCGGAAGUAAGCAGGGUGGUGGGAGAGAUGAGGAGGGAUAGAGAGGAAUGGACAGAUGAAGCAUGACAGUAGCAGGAAGUAAGCAGGGUGGUUGAGGAGAGAAUUGAGGAGGGAUGAGAGGAAUGGACAGAUGAAGCAUGCCAGUAGGCAGGAAGUAAGCAGGGUGGUUGAGGAGAGAUGAGGAGGGAUAGAGAGGAUUGGACAGAUGAAAGCAUGUCAGUAGCAGGAAGUAAGCAGGGUGGUGAGGAGAGAGGAGGAGGGAUGAGAGGAAUGGACAGAUGAAGCAUGACAGUAGCAGGAAGUAAGCGGGGUGGUGAGGAGAGAUGAGGAGGGAUAGAGAGAGCGGAGGGAUGAGAGGAAUGGACAGAUGAGGAGAGAAGGGAGGGCGUAGAUUUGAUCCCCUUUUGAUACUCAAUAUCAGAUGAAAGGGUCUUUCUCUCUCUUUCAUUCUUUUUCCUUUUCUUCUUUCAUUCGUUCUUUCUUUCUCUUUGUCUUUGACAGAGAGGAAAUCAAAAGAUAAGUCUCCUGUAUAUCCUGAGAUUCAACUACAGAGAUAGAACUAUGGAGCGGAAACACACACACAUACACGUGUGAGUGCACGCACGGACGCACACAUGCACGGACGCACACACACAUGCACGCACACACACUUUCGCACACUGUGUGACGUCCAGGAGAAGCCGUUGAGGGUGUGUCAAUGUGUGUGUGCAUGUGCAUGCUAGCUUGCCCGUCUCUGCUAUUCUAGAAACCAUUCACCAGUGCCAGAACAGCGGACAGUUGUUUUUCAUUGGCUCAUACUGGUCUUGGCUCUGUGUAUUAAUCUCCCAUGGUUUCUCUGGGUCCACAGUCUGUUUCCCGCCAUUCCAGUUUCUACUGGUGGGAGAGAGACAAAGGUUCCAUUGUUAUGUCUGACUUUAUGAUUCCUUUCUGGGGAGAUAACAGCUGGAGGGACAUAGUCAUAUUAAUAUGACCUGAUGGUUUACUGAGAACCCAAACACACCUCGUGUUACACACCUUUGAGUUGACUCAUGUCUUUUUCCUCUGUAUUUCAUAUUGAAGACUUUUUCCAAUUGACAGGUAGGAAACUUAGAAACUCCCUCAUGGCUGCAUCUCAAUAGCCUAAAAUGGGUUCUUCUCCAUGUCUCCUUCCUUUCUAUGUCUCCUCCCUUAGGAUCUUAAUUUGAGCCAGUUUACUACAGCAGGAAAAUAAUCUGGCAGCAACAGGAAAUGUUAAUUAUUAUGUGGAUUAAUGGACAUUUUAUGUAGGGGUUGAUACAUUUUUCGUUAGGGCAAAUCAAGCCUGACAUUUUAAAGUGGAAAUUACAAACUUUAGAAGCUUUUUUAAACAUUGAAUACACUACAAGUUAGCAUUUCCUGCCAUGCAGGAAAGUUCUCAGCAACAAAAGAGUGAUCAAAUUCAGAGCCUACAUCUGUACACUGCCCUGUAAGCACAGGGAACAUAAAGCAGUAUGGCAUCUGUCCAGUUCUUUCCUAUCAGUGCAGAAUCAGAAGAAGGAAAUUAGAGAAGAAGAAAAAGCCUCUAUUAAAACAUGGAGAGGGAGCGUCUCUUGCCUACACUACUGAGAUGCCUUACCUCACCUGAACCUCUGUACCAAUAAGUGUUACUGUCUCUGCUGUGCUGCUCUGGUUCAUGUUGGAACAUAGCAGCACCUUUCUCUCUGUGUGUGUGUGUGUGUGUGUGUGUGUUUGUGUGUGUGUGUGUGUGUGUGUGUGUGUGUGUGUGUGUGUGUUGCCUCUGUGUAUGUUCAGACUUGAAAGAGAAGAGAGGCUUGUGCAAUCAGUCCUGGAGCUCUAGCAGGCUUGGCUCACUUUCUGAGAGAACAGUAAUGUGUGUGUGCUUGCUUGCGUGCAUGCGUGUGUGGGUAUGUGUGUGUUAGAGUAGGAGGUGUGUGUGUUAGUGUAGGAGGUGUGUGUGUGUUAGUGUAGGAGGUGUGUGUGUGUGUUAGUGUAGGAGGGGUGUGUGUGUGUUAGUGGAGGAGGUGUGUGUGUGUGUUAGUGUAGGAGGGGUGUGUGUGUGUUAGUGUAGGAGGUGUGUGUGUGUGUUAGUGUAGGGGGUGUGUGUGUAGUGUAGGAGGGGUGUGUGUGUGUUAAUGUAGGAGGGGUGUGUGUUAGUGUAGGACAGGGUUCUUCAAUUCCGGUCCUGGAGGGGCGAAACACCUCUGUUUUUCAUCCUCUCCUUCUAAUCAGGGGCUAAUUCAGACCUGGGACACAAGGUGAGUGCAAUUAACUACCAGGUAGAAAUAAAAAACAGAAGUGUUUCGGCCCUCCAGGACCGGAAUUGAAGAACCCUGCUGUAGGAGGUGUGUGUGUGUGUUAGUGUAGGAGGUGUGUGUGUGUUAGUGUAGGAGGUGUGUGUGUGUGUUAGUGUAGGAGGUGUGUGUGUGUUAGUGUAGGAGGUGUGUGUGUGUUAGUGUAGAUUGUGUGUGUAGUGUAGGAGGUUGUGUGUGUUAGUGUAGGAGGUUGUGUGUGUGUUAGUGUAUGGAGGUGUGUGUGUGUUAGUGUAGGAGGUUGGUGUGUGUGUUAUUGUAGUUAUGUGUUGUGUGUGUGUUUUUGUGUGAGGUGUGUGUGUGUUUAGUGUAAGGUGGGUGUGUGGUGUUCGUGUAGGAGGUGUGUGUGUGUUGUUAGGAGGUAGUGAUGUUUGGUGUGUGUUAUGUAUAGGAUGUGUUGUGUUCGUGUUAGUGGUUUUUGUGUUUAUGUUAGAGUGUGUGUGUUGUUAGUGUGUGUGUUGUGUGGUGGUGUGUGUGUUGUGUUAGUGUUGUCUGUGUUGUGGAUGUGUUUGUUUGUAGUUGUGGUUUUGUUUUUUGUGUAGGAGUGUUUGUUUUAUGUAGGAGUUUUGUGUGUAUUUUUGUUGUGUUUAGUGUGGUGUGUUGUUUGUAGGUGUGUGUGUUAUGUAGGUUGUGUUUGUUUUGGUUUGUGUGUGGUUGUGUUGUUGGUGUGUGUGUUGUUCGUUCGGGGUGUUUUUUGUUUGUUGUGUGUGUGUUGUUAGAUUGGAUAAGGCGUCCACGAAGAUUCUCCCAACCUGUAGAGGGAGAUUCUAGAUAGAGAAAAAAAACUGCCUCUCCCUCCUCUCUCUCUCCAUCCCUCUAUCCAUACCUGCUCCAAUCUCUCUCACAUACUCUCCCCCUCUUCUCAUCCCUCUCUCUCCAGGUGGCUAAGGUGGAGUACGUGAGGAGGCGUCCUAAACUAAAGGAGGUGCUGGUGCGGCUGGAGGAGCACCUUGAGUGUAUAUGCUCCUCCAAACGACACAUCAAGGAACUCUACGAUACAGACAAUGGUAAAUAUCUUACACUACCCUACUGCAUACAGUGUGUGUGUGUGUGUGUGUGUGUGUGUGUCAGCUCCUGUCUGAGAGUGUCUGAGAGUGUCUCUCUACACUGAUAUAAACUGAUGACAGUUGAGGAAUUGAAUGUCCUCCUCUCCACUUAAAUGAUUCUCCCUCGGGGUAUUCAACUCGUUUUUUCAUUCCCCUUUUUUCUUUAUAGAUACCCCCUCCUCCCCCUCCUCCCCCUCUUCCCCCUCCUCCCCCUCCUCCUCCUGCUCCCCCUCCUCCCCCUUCAUUCACAGGACCCAGUAGGACCAAGGGUAAAGGGAGGAAACGUAAAAAGCUCGAAAACCUCAAAUAA